UAAAAUAAAGUUUUAAAGUUCAUUAAAAUGAAUGAAAAUAUCUUUCUCUCUCUACACAUGCUCGAAAAAAAUUAUCCGGCGCAGUAGGACUGACAAAGUAGCAACUUGUGUACUUGUGUUCUUGUGUGAUAUAAUAAAAAAAUAAAACAAAUAAUUAAACCAAAAAAAUGGUUUCAAUAACAUUGCCAAUGGUUGGAAGACUCGCUAAACUUUCUUUAGACCACUUUUACAUCAGCACCCGGACAAUUUUAAGCAGCAGGACGAGGAAUAAUUUAAUGCUUGGUAAUGAUUACCAAAAAAAUAAAUUCAGCACCGAGGCGAAGAAAGCCGAUGAAGGAAGUUCAGCACCACCAGUUGAUCAGCUGACGGAAAAUGAAGCCAAGUUGAAGUCAGAAUUGGAAUUAUUAAGUGCAGAGUUGAGUGAAAUGAAGGAACGUUUCAGUGACUUGGAUGACAAGUACAAGCGAGCGUUGGCUGAUAGAGAGAAUUUAAGGGUCAGGUUGACCAAGCAAAUUGAAGAGGCCAGGACAUUUGGGAUUCUAGGAUUUUGUAAGGACUUGAUCGCAGUCGCUGAUACUUUGAGCAAGGCUACUGAAAGUGUUCCCAAAGAUCAGCUGACUGAGUCCAAUCAGCAUUUGAAGAAUUUGUAUGAAGGGUUGAUACUGUCUGAAGCGGAAUUACAUAAGGUGUUUACAAAACAUGGGUUGAUUUCAUUGAAUCCUCUGGAUGAGAAGUUUAAUCCUCAAGAUCAUGAAUCGCUAUUCCAACAGGAGGUCCAAGGCAAAACCCCAGGCACCGUAGUAGUAGUCUCUAAAAUCGGCUACAAAUUACACGACAAGCUAGUGAGGCCCGCGCAAGUUGGAGUAGCUAAAGGUUAACUAAACCGGGACCACAUCUUGAUUUCUUUUUUUUUUUUACAAAUUAAAA